CUAAUAGUAAUGCUCGUGAACGCGGAUGGUGUGUAGUAUCAAAAUAUUUUAUCGAAUGGUGGAGCAAUGUCGCAGAACCCCUGUAGCUAUAGGCAUGGCCGUUCGGAGUAGGACGACGAUGCGCCAAGCCUCAGCGAAUCUAGGUCAAUGUAAGGAGAAGCGGAGCCAGUGGAUGUAGGGGGCACCCAGCACUUUUGCUGGUAGAGUGCCCCGAUGGGCGACUUGGAGGCGUCGGGAUGGGAGAAGGAACUGGCCAGACACGUUACGAAGAUUCACAGCGUCGAUGACCUGGUGCCUAUCCUGAAGGAGAACUUCGGUAGUGGCGGACCAGUUUGCGUGCACAUCAACUCAAGCUCCAUCCUGGUACUGCAUAGCUACUCCUCCGCCGUCAAAAAGGAAAGCGCCGCUCCGAAGAAACUGUCGCUGGGUCGCGCUGCUGGCCGCUCUGUUGGCCAGGCAGUGUCGGCCAGUCCGUCGGUGUUCCCCAUCUGGCUAGAUGGUAUUCACAAGUCUCUCCUGUCCGUCGUGCAGCGUGCGUAUGCACGGCUCACUCGCUUUGGCCGUGAUGCAUGCAUAGUUUUGUCUGGUGAAAGCGGUGCUGGGAAGACAGUAUGCUGCAAGGCGUGUUUAGGUUACUUAGCUUCUUUCAGUCCGGUUUGUCGUGCCGAUGGUGACGAUAAGCGGUUAGGAAAUCUUCUUGUUGUAAUUGGGCCACUGCUAGACGCGUUUGGAAAUGCAGCGACGACGAGAAACGACAACUCCAGUCGCUUUGGCAAGACGAUAGGGACGGUGUUUGACUUCCGCGGCCAUCUGAUCGGCGCAAAGGUUAUCCACUACAUGCUGGAGAGGAACCGUGUGACACAGCGGAAAGUUGGAGAGCGGAACUUUCACAUAUUCUACCAGCUCUUGAAAGGUGCUCCUGGCCAGCUGCUGAGAAGUCUUUUCUUGAAGUCGGAUGCUUCCAACUACCAGUAUCUAGCACGGAGCGGUGGCCCAUCGACUGCUGGUGCCACGGACAAAUCUGACUUUGCAUUUGUCCUGGACGGACUAAGAGCAAUUGGUCUGGGUGAGGCACAUGUCAGCGCUCUGUGGCAGCUACUAGCAGCCAUUCUGCACUUGGGUCAGCUGAAGUUUGAGAAGUUCAAUGAAGGCUCGACCGUACUCAAUAGACCUCUGCUCAGAACGCUGUCACCUCUCCUUGGUUUGGAGGAAGUCGACAUUGAGCAAUUCCUGUGUUUCCAGCAAGGACUGAAUGGUGAGGUACGCAUUCGUAUUGAAGAAGCAGUCCGACGCCGUGAUGUCCUCGCACAGGCACUUUACGAUCAGGUGUUUCUGUGGCUAAUCCAAUCCAUAAACGGCGUACUUCGGCCGCAACCGGACGAACAGGAUCGGAUAGCGACGACGCAGGGUUACCACGAAACCUUCCGCAACAUCAACUUCAUCGACCUGUACGGCUUUGCCCAGCAUGAUGCCAGCAGCUUUGAGCAGAUGUGUAUGAACUACAGCUGUGAGAAGCUGCAGCAGGCAUUCCUGUGCAGUGCUAUCAAGGGUCGCAUACGCUGCUUCCAAGAGGAAGGAGUACCUGGUGGAGAUAUCCAGGCGUUCUUCACGGACAAUGCGUGCGUGUGUGACCUGUUUGAUAACACCAAUGAGGGAGUGUUCACUCUCCUAGAUCGUGCUACAUGUGACCCGCAGGAAGAAAACCGAGACAAGAUGUUCUUGGAUUUGAUGGACUCAACGGUUAGCGGACAUGACACCUACACGAGUCGACAGGUCGACCCCAGCGACUCGGUUCUCUGUCCUUUCCUUGAUUUCCGGAUCAGACACUUUGCUGGUGGAGUCACGUAUACUAUUGAUGGAUUCGUGUCAAGUAACAUGGACAUCAUAUCAGAUGCUAUCAGUGAUCUCUUCAUGACCAGCACCAACGUCAUAGCAAAAGACCAUGGCAUACGACAGACGCGAGCCGAAACGACGCCAAACUCAACGGUUGGUGUCAAUUUUCGCAACGCGAUCACCAACCUGACGGACUCUAUAGAGCACCAGGAUGCGUACCAUGUGAGAUGCAUGAAGCCAAACGUCACCAAGUCGCCCAACUACUUUGAUGAAGUAAAAGUCCGGCAACAGUGUGAGGACCAGGCUUUGUGCGAGGCAAUCAUCGUAGAACAAGCCGGGCAUGCGACACAAGUGACGUACUCGGAGUUCUUUGGCAGGUAUCGACGGUUAUCAGGCAGGUUAAAAGGAUUUCGCGGGUCGGUUCAAGAAGGCUGCAAGACCAUUCUGAAGGAAUUAGUGCCUAAUUUCAUGAGCACUGUGACAUUUGGGCACAGCCUGAUUUUUCUAAGUGCACCCGACUUGCUGGUGAUCCUGAAUGGAAAGCGAGAAGAACUGCUCAAGGUGGUGGCAGUCGAACUAGCUCAUUACUGGCAAAAGCAUCGGUUACGGAAGUGUCUCAAGACCAUCCAUCAGCAGUUCAAGGAAAACUCUUCAUCACUCGCCUGGCCACCGGCAACACCGACGACAGCACACCUCAUCGCCAUCUGUCAGAAAGCACACAGAAAGUGGCUUUACAACCGAUUAUUAAAGUCCAUUCCUGCGUCGCUUCGACCGGACAUGCGCCUCAAGGCCACAGGCUACACGCUGUUGGGAGGCCGGCGUCAGAAGUGGGGCCACAGCCGCCGGUGGCAUGGUGACUACCUUUCAGUUAAUCCAACGUUCCGCAGUCGUCUAAAAGCUAUUCAAAAGGAGGCCAAGUUUGAGAAAGUGCUCUUCUCCAGUGCCAUUCGAAAGGUCAACACUAAGUUGAAGGUGCAAGACCGCUGUAUCCUGGUGACCGAGCAGUCUAUAGUCUUCGUAGAUGACACAUUUGCUGUGACAAAGCAGCCAAUGAAGUUCAACGAGGUCACGGAGAUCCAGGUCACGAGCGGCCAUGACCAAGCGGUAGUACUCGUUUCACCAGCCGGACGUAACAAGCGUGACUGGGUUUUCUCCCUUCAGCAGCCGGAUGUCCGAGAUGAUUUUAUUGGUGAAAUGGUGUCGGUGAUCUGCCACAGUGUGACCAGGCUCUAUGGGGUUUGCCCGCAUGUCACUGUGGAUCAGCAACUCAAGGCCAACAUCGGAGGAGACGAUAUCACUGUUGACGUCGACUACCAGUUCAACGCAAAGCCAGAGUUCAAGAAGACCGGAUCGAACUCUCUCACACUGCUCUGGCCAGCGUAGUAGUAGCACCGCUCAUCAUCUCAAGCAGACCUAUCACACUCAGUCGCUGCUGUCCUUGCAGCCGCGUGCAGAUAAAUCCUGUAAAUUGUUGCAAUGCUCCUGUACAUUAUUUUCUAGCUGGGCGCAGGCCGCUUGUGUACUUGCCCAUUAUUUCUACUGCUGCUGUCGUUGCCGCUGUACAUAACAGGCCUCGUAGCGCCCACUGCCGCUCCACCGUAACCACGGUAACCCCUGGGUGGCGCUGAGAAACUUGAAUAUUAGUACCUAGCCGUAGUGCAUUGCCCGACCGCCGUCAGAGACAACCGUUGUGCACGGUGGUUCAGUGCCUUUGACCCCCGCCGUGCGUACUAGGCAUUGCCAGCCAACUGUCAACACGCCGCUUCCGAUUUUUACCAAGCCGCAUGGGAGUCGUUUCCACUACCCAUGCUAACUCCGACGAGGUGUCACUCGUUUGCCUCAUCUGUUGUAUAUGUGUCUUAUGCCAACCCAGUCCGGACUGGGCUUCUCCGUACACCUCACCUUCCCCCCCCGAUAAUGAAUGCAUUUAACCCAUAUCGAGAGUCAGCCGCUGAGAUCCUUUUGAACAUUCUUGUCCCCCUUUGGGCUACCCCGUCGCCUGGCUGCCCCAUCUGUGCUAUCUAUACAUGACGACACACAAUUUGUGUCGUCAUCCCAUCUAUCUAUGUGCGUGGGUACGUGUGUGUGUGUGUAUGUGUGGGCGUACGCGUAUAUGUGCGCAUGUGUGUGUAUACGUGUGUGUGUGUGUGUGUGUGUGUGUGGGCGUGCGUGGUUUGUCAGGGCCUCGUAUGGCCAGUAUUUUCCGCAAUGUCAAGAUUUUAUCAUUUUUAUCUAUUACGUCCUUGGGUUUUGGCUUCUUUCUUCCAAUUGGUUACCAUUUCAACUUAGUAUUUCAAGGUCUGGUUAAAAUUUCCAA